AGACACCGGCGCCGGCUGCGGGGGCCCGGGAACCGACCGCCGGGGCGCCGGGGAGCGCGGGAGCCGCCGAGGGGCGGUCGCAGCCGGGAGGCGAGGACGCGUCUGGGCUGCCUCGCCCGUUAUCUCCUGUGAUCCCGUGGAACUGUACGAGUCUCUGAGCAUUAACCUACAGAUGCUUCUGUCAUAUUACUAUCCCUUCGGCUUUGGAAUCUGUUAAGGUAUUUUGUGAGGCCAUAAUAGAAGUGUCUUGAAAUCCGAGGAUUCUACCCAGAUAAUAUGAUAGGUACUCUGAGUGAUUUGGGGCCGUAUCCUACUUAGACUAAUGUGAGACAUCCAGACCUCCUGGGGACUUCUUACCGUGCAGUCCUCUGCUCACUAGUUGGCACAUGUCAUAAUGCCAUCUCUGCCUCAGGAAGGAGUUAUUCAAGGAACCUCUCCCUUGGAACUGAACACAGAAUUAGCUUAUCAAAGCAGCAUGAAAAGGAAAGCCAGAAAGAAGAAAAAGAAGGGGAUCAUUACAGCAAAUGUUUCUGGGACAAAGUUUGAAAUUGUUCGUUUAGUCAUCGAUGAAAUGGGUUUUAUGAAAACUCCUGAUGAGGAUGAAACAAGUAACCUCAUAUGGUGUGACUCUGCUGUUCAGCAGGAGAAGAUUUCAGAGCUGCAAAAUUACCAGAGGAUCAACCAUUUUCCAGGAAUGGGGGAGAUCUGUAGGAAGGAUUUCUUAGCAAGAAAUAUGACCAAAAUGAUCAAGACUAGACCUCUGGAUUAUACUUUUAUUCCUCGAACAUGGAUUUUCCCUGCUGAAUACACUCAAUUCCAGAAUUAUGUGAAAGAACUGAAGAAAAAACGGAAACAGAAAACUUUUAUAGUAAAACCAGCUAAUGGUGCAAUGGGUCACGGGAUUUCUUUGAUAAGAAAUGGUGACAAACUUCCAUCUCAGGAUCAUUUAAUUGUCCAAGAAUAUAUUGAAAAGCCUUUCCUCAUGGAGGGUUACAAGUUUGAUUUACGAAUUUAUAUUCUGGUAACAUCAUGUGAUCCACUGAAAGUCUUUCUCUAUCAUGAUGGACUUGUGCGAAUGGGAACAGAGAAGUACAUCCCACCAAAUGAGUCCAAUUUGACCCAGUUAUACAUGCAUCUGACAAACUACUCCGUGAAUAAGCAUAAUGAGCAUUUUGAGCGAGAUGAAACAGAAGACAAAGGCAGCAAACGUUCCAUCAAAUGGUUUACAGAAUUCCUACAAGCAAAUCAACAUGAUGUUACUAAAUUUUGGAGUGAUAUUUCAGAAUUGGUGGUAAAGACUCUGAUUGUGGCAGAACCUCACGUCCUGCAUGCAUAUCGAAUGUGCAGACCUGGCCAGCCUCCAGGAAGCGAAAGCGUCUGCUUUGAAGUGCUGGGAUUUGAUAUUUUGCUGGAUAGAAAACUAAAGCCAUGGCUUCUGGAGAUUAACAGAGCCCCAAGUUUUGGAACUGAUCAGAAAAUAGACUACGAUGUCAAAAGAGGAGUGUUGCUCAAUGCACUGAAACUGCUGAACAUCAGGACCAGUGAUAAAAGGAGAAACUUGGCCAAGCAAAAAGCUGAGGCUCAAAAGAGGCUAUAUGGUCAGAACUCAAUAAGAAAGCCCUUACCUGGUUCUUCUGACUGGGAGUAUCAGAGACACCAGUUGGAGAGGCGGAAAGAAGAAUUGAAAGAGAGACUCGCUCAAGUACGAAAGCAGGUCUCCCGAGAAGAACAUGAAAAUCGACACAUGGGGAAUUACAGACGAAUUUAUCCUCCUGAAGAUAAAACAUUACUUGAAAAGUAUGAAAAUUUGUUAGCUGUUGCCUUUCAGACCUUUCUUUCAGGAAGAGCAGCUUCAUUCCAACGAGAGCUAAAUAAUCCUUUGAAAAAGAUGAAGGAGGAAGAUAUUCUGGAUCUUCUCGAGCAGUGUGAAAUUGAUGAUGAAAAGUUGACGGGAAGAGCGAUUAGGCCUCGAGGACCAAAGCCCUUGUGUUCAAUGCCAGAGAGCACUGAGAUCAUGAAAAGACAGAAGUACUGUAGCAGUGACAGCAGUUAUGACAGCAGCAACAGCUUUUCAGAAUCAGAUGAGAAUGAAAAAGAAGAGUAUCAAGAAAAGAAAAGAGAAAACCAAGUUUCGUACAGUUUUAAGCUCUCUAACCACUGCAGAUUAAUUCAACAAUCCAGUACCAUGAGGCGUUCAGUCAGCUGCCCUCGGUCCAUCUCUACUCACUCAUCUUCCAGUGGGGAUACUCGCCCCCUUUCUGCUCAACAGGUGGUAUCAAUGUCACGACCAACUUCAGCAUCUCGGUCGCAUUCCUUAAGCCGUGCUUCUUCCUAUGUGAGACCUCUGCCUCACAGUAGUGACAUGGUGUCUACCAGUUCACAGUCGAGUGAGUCUUUGCGGCAACUGAAAACGAAAGAACAAGAAGAUGAUCUAACAAGUCAGACCUUAUUUGUUCUCAAGGACAUGAAGAUCCGGUUUCCAGGAAAGUCAGAUGCAGAAUCAGAACUUCUAAUAGAAGAUAUCAUCGAUAACUGGAAGCAUCAUAAAACAAAAGUGGCUUCCUACUGGCUCAUAAAAUUGGACUCUGGAAAACAACGGAAGGUUUUGGACAUAGUAAAAUCAAGUGUCCGUACAGUUCUUCCUCGCAUCUGGAAGGUACCUGAUGUUGAGGAAGUAAGUUUAUAUCGGAUUUUCAACCGAGUUUUUAAUCGCUUACUCUGGAGUCAUGGCCAAGGACUGUGGAGCUGUUUCUGUGAUUCAGGAUCCUCUUGGGAGAGCAUAUUCAGUAAAAGCCCUGAGGUGGUGACUCCUUUACAGCUCCAAUGUUGUCAGCGCCUGGUGGAGCUUUGCAAACAGUGCCUGCUAGUGGUUUACAAAUACACGAUGGACACAAGAGGAUCACUGUCAGGCUUUGGUCUUGACUGGGGAAGUUCCAGGUAUUUGCUACCAGGAAGUACCCAAUACUUCAUGAGAACACCAAGCUGCCACAUGAGAUACAGUUCAUCUGGAAUGACUCGCUCCAAUGCGUUGUUUACACCUCGAUAUGGCCAUUUUUUAAACUGAAAGGAAGAUUGCCAUGAGAUAGGCAUAAUAGCAAUUCAUUUAUUUUCUUAAGUUGAACAUGCAAAGGAAGUUACCAUUAAGUGCUGUUUUAUGUAUAUAUGACAUAUAUGGGUGUAAAAAUGCAAACAUACAUGCACUCCAAUAACAUAUAUUUAUUAUAAUAUAUGAAAGAAGAAUUAGCAGGAAACUUAGUAUAUAAAGUCUAACCUUUCUGGAAAUGUAAUAAACCAUGUUGAAAAUUGUUUACACAAAUAUGUGAAUGUCUAGAAUUUGCUAGGUUUAUAAUUAAUCCCUUCCUACUAGAAAUGUUAUUUUUGCUGCAGAGUAUAUGAAAUAGAAUUGAUCUUUAAGAUCCAGUUACAGCACUAAUGUAUUUUCUAGGUAACAUUACUUUUGACUUGAAAAACAAUUGGUAGUAUAAUAUCUUAUUAGUUCUCUUACUUAUAGUCUCCAUUUAAAAUGAAACACAAAAGAUUUAGACGAUUUAGAAGCUUGGUGUUGCUUGGUGGUAAUAUUAAGUAUAAAAUGGGUUUAUCAUUAUUAUACCACACUGUAAAGUACUAGAUGAUAUCCCAAACUGAUACUCCAAAAUUUUCUUGUGGAAAUUUAGCUACUCAUAAUAAUGUAUGUUUUCAGUGAGCAUCUUAUAUUUAUCUCAAAUGGAAGACAAUCUAAAUGGUUAAAAACAAUGUGUAAAAAUAGCUUUUAUUUUUACUUAUCAUAGCAAGUUAAACCAAGCAACAGAAAACGAUGGCAAUGACAGAAUCUUUCUAUAUGACUUUUGUGUCUCAUACCACUUGUUUUUAUUUGUAAAAUAUCUCUUUCAUAGAUUUAAAUUUCUUAAUGCAAGUUCCAUUGCAAAGUGUAAUAACAGUAGUUUCCCAUUUGAAUGUAGAAAGUAAUCUACAUGCUUGGGGAAUAGCAGGUUACGGCGACCUCAUGUUACUGGCCAUUGAUACAGCCUUGAGUUUGUUUAUUUUAUUUUUUUAUUUUUAUGUCAAAAUAUAGUAUGAGGUUUUCUUCCUGUCUCAUACUUCUUUCCUUUAGCUUCAUAGCAGUUUACUUACUUUUCUUGCUUGCAGUUCCAAAACCAAUGAGUGAGCUCUCAGGUUUUUAGAAAAAUACAGAUAGCACUGUCAUUGAUUGAACUCAGAAAGUACAGAAAGUACAGUAUUUACUUAAACUUCUUUUCCCAGUGGUUUUUCUCCUAGAUGCUAAUCAUUUGCCAUUUUCAUCCAUAUUUACCCCUGUUGAAUAUUCUAAAAGCUCUUUCCAGUAAAUCAAAAUGUGAUCCCAAAGCAGAAAGGGGACUGAGGAGGCGAAAUUAUUCUGGAUUAGGUCAUUGGCUGGAUACUUCUUAACUCCAAGUUGUAAACUAUGUAUGGUUUGCUUUUUAAACCACCUUUUGGAUGUAUUCUGAAGGAAAGAAUACAUUUCUUUCCCAACUUAAUUGUUAAUGAUUUGAUUAUGACUGUUUAACAUCCGCGUUCCAAUGGAGACCUUUCUUCACUGGUGCAACCAACACCAAGUCUGUAGUUGUCUUUGUGAAAGACAGUAAUCUGUCAGGAUGGACGAAAUCAGCGUCAGUUUUAGGGGGCCAUUUUGCACCUUCUUAAAUAUUUUAUAGGUUUCUUAGGAUAAAAAACCUAAAAUGGGACAUUACAAAAUCACGGUAAGAAUGAUCAACAAGUAAGGCAUUUUUCAAAGUAUUUUUAGUUCUUUUUCUCUUAAAUUCACAAUGUGAUCAUGGAGGAUCACAAAUUAGUGCUCCUUCCUAAGAAACACAACUUAGUUUGUUGGCCAUUCAUUUGCUUCAGCCUUAACUCACAAUUGAAACUUCUACCUUUAAUAGUACAAGAAUUAAUUUUUUAGUUAAGAAAAAGACUACUCAAAACUGGGAGAAAUUCUCCCCACAUACAUACAGCUAAGAAAAGAUGUAAAUGUAAAUGUAUGCAACUAUCCAGCUCUUUGAUGAACAAAUUUCAUUUCAGUCUACUUAAGUCAGACCUUAUUUUAAGCAAUAGCAUUCUUUUGUCCACAUUUGCCUAUUUAUACUGGAGUUUGAUAUGAUGAAGUUGUGAAUAAAAGCCAUGUAUUUAUUAUUUAUUUACCAAUACUACGGGUAGGCUGUGGCCUGCAGUGGUUGUAGUGCCAUUCCCUAAUGAACAACUAAGAGAAGACAAAGUAGUGACCCAUGGGAGUCUCCAAAGGCCGUAGAAAUGUUUUGGAGAUAUAAAACAUUCCUUAUAGGGUUAAAACAUUUCAGCAUAAAUGAUAGAACAAGUCUCUGUCUUCUAGGAGAGAAAGAGCUUGAUUUGAUAGCUACUUAAUUUGACUAGAGGUUUUUUUUGAAGGGAAUUUGGUUUACUUGCAAUGAAAACCUAUAUUUUGUUAUGCA